AUGGGCUACCCCACCGUGAUGCCCCGGCCCAUAAGCGCAACCUUGCGUGACACCGCCAGAGCGCCGGGCCUACCAACCCCGCGCGUUUCACAGCACCCUGCAGCGCUCUCCAAGGUCGGCCGACCCGUCCCCCCCCCCGGCGGACGAUGCAUGCACCCGUCCGCCCGCCCCGCCCGUUCAAGGCGCCUCCCCCUGGUGCCCCGGCCCCAGCCCUGCAGCAGGCGACAGUCCCCCCCGGAGUUCCGACAACAACCCCCAAGGGCAAUUGCGAUCCCCCCCACGCCACGGACUACCGUGUAUAGAACCCGACCCAGCCAUGCCCCCCCUGGUGCUAAGCUGGGUCAUUAUCCCCACGUGAGACGCCAUUCUCGAAAAGAUCGUCACCCCCCCCCCCCCCCCCCACGACUAAGGCGCCCGCCCGCGCCUCCCCUGCCUGGUAGCACGCGAUCCCCGCGCGUCCCCCCCGACGCCAGACGGACCGCCCGCGCCAUUGCUUCCCCCGACAGCGCGUGUGAGGCUCCGCGGGAGGCCCGCGCCGGGCGUAGCCUUCAUACUCCGCAGGGGGGCCGUGGAAUUGCCAGUUGCGCCCCACCCUAUCUCCUCCCAACCCGGCCCACUCGGGAUCCCCGAUCUACACGCCGUCCAAUCCCUGUGCCACCGCCCCUCCCCUGUCCGUCCCUCUUGAUCAAGGCGGACGACGGGGCGUCCAAAGCACGCCCACCCACCGACCGUCGAAUCCAGACCACCCGAUCCCGACGGAGAAGCGAUCGCCCACACCCCGUUAGUAAACGACGUUCCCAGCAGAGCUGCGGUGAGGGCACGGUCAAACCUAGUCCAAACUGCGAUCCAACAUUCAACGAGACCUCGAUCUCUAUCCUUAACGUGACGAUGUCCAUCAGAUCAAUAGUUAUUGCAGAGCAUCACAAAUUACAAUAUAAUAUAACACUGAAGUCAUCCUGCGGCAUAACUAUGCAGUCCAUGUGA